CUCUCUCAUCUUUUUAAGUGGGAGAACUUGCACAAUUGGUGGCUGACUAAAUACUUUUUUCCCCCACUGUACCUGAACAUAAGGCUCAGUCAAUCCUUUAUUUCCUACAAUACCAACAGUACAGGAAUUACAACCCAUACUGUUGUUGUCCCAUUGGUGUGUGGCAUUUUCAAGACAAAUGUUCUCCACACAUGCUUUGAGAACAACAUUUGUAAUUGUUGUCACGUGAUCUACUAGACUGCAUGGACAAAACCAUGUUUGGAUGUUAUUUGGUAGAUUUGACACUAUGACCAAAAAUACUCUCUCUCUCGCUCUCUCUCUUUCUCCCGUCUAAUCAUAGGGAUCUCAGAAAGGCCUUGUGUGCGUGUGUGUGCACGUUUGCGUGUCUGGGUGGGUGUGUGUUUGUGGGUCGAUGCGUUGGUUUCUGCUGACUGGUAUUAGGCUAUGUGUGGGUGUUUAUUUGUCUUUGUUUGUACAUUGCGCAGGUCCCCUAUGUGACCACUCAUUAUGUCAAUAUUACCCAACAUACAUUACAUUUUCCUAUCAGCAUUUUUAUGGGGUCAUCCAAAAUUCAAAAUGAGUAAAUUAAUGUAUUUAAUAACAUACUACUGUACUACAGGCUACUAUCUCUGAAGUAAGGUUAAACAACAGCAACUGUCAUCAAUUGACUAUCACUUUUCCAUCCAGUAGAUGGAAAGUAGGAUCAGGGAAAACUUUCAUUCAUCCCUUUGGGAAUGUAGUAUCGAUGUUGGUUGAUUAGAAGUCCACGUCUCUGACAGACAUUCCAUACUUGUAAGGCAGUUACUCAUAUUGAGUAAAAUAUGUUAGCUGCAAUAUGCUUAAUCGUAUUUUUGAAGCAUUGGACAGCAGGGAAAUAACACAAACAGACUAAAAUCUACAGUUGAGAUUAAGAGAUUUUUGUUUGUUCUUGAUUGUGAUCGAAAUACACAUUGAAAAUUGCAGAAUGCAGAUGUGGGUCUUGAAUGGGGGUAAUUUAGAAUUUAGACUAUGAAUGGGGGUAAUUUAGAAUUUAGACUAUUAGACAAAUAUUAAUCUAUGUACUUUGCUUGGCAAACAUGGUCCGAGUGCCAUUUUUUCCAGAGGUUUUCAAAAUGCAGUAUUGACAUAUUCAGAACAUAAGGUCAGGAUGAAAUCCAAAUAGACACUUUGAACUGUCUGAAACCCCCCAAAAAAUAAAAUAGCAGUUUUUGCCAGGAUAGUCAUCAUAGCUUGUCUAUCUUGAAUUAAAAGCUGGCAUUAUAUAAACUAUAAAUAAGCACUGAAUUGUUAUUGUGUAGGGUUCAGCAGCACAGCAUAAUUAAUCCUUAAAUCAUACAAGUUACUGAUGUGGCCAUAGGGUGGCGUUUACCGUCAGCUAUAUGGGGAAAAAUUGACCCGGAAAUGAACACGUGAAUUUGGUUGUUUACCUCCGGUGCAUCUAAACAGCAUCUGCGUUUGUUUAGCAAGCUGGAUCUAGCUACAUUUCUACAUCUGUUUUAUCUAAAGUUUUUAUAGAUAGUCAAGCUAUCUGGCUAAAUAACAUCAGAAAUGACUGAGGAUGUGCAGAAGCACUCUGUGCACACGCUCGUGUUCAGGUCCCUCAAGAGGACUCAUGAUAUGUUUGUAGCUGACCAUGCCAAACCAGUCUCCUUGGAUGAAACAAGUCACAAGGUGAAGAUGGCAGCGAAGCUAAGGGCAGACUACAGUGCCGUUCUACACAUGCCCGUUCUGAAAGAGGGCAAGGACAGACCACUGGGAUCCAACAUACAUAGCAAUCAGAACAAUGCCCAACCUGGUGAUGAUCCAGAGUACUUGAUCACUGGGACCCACGCAUACCCCUCUGCACCUGGGGUGGCUCUGACGGUGGACACUCAGAUUCAUAGGAACCCCAGUGAGGGGGGAGUUCAUGCCAUGGCUCUUGCCCUGCCACCAUCACAAGCCAGGCUGGACGCCAGUCGUACAGCAGCCAGUGUCGGGGACAUUCACCGACACGCAGGGGGGGCAGAGAGGUCUCAUGCUCCUCACUCACAUGCUAUGUCUCUUCUGGAAGGAGGCGGCACCAAAAACUCUUCCCUCGUGGCCAGAAAAGCCCCCACUAUGCCCAAGCCCCAGUGGCACGCGCCAUGGAAGCUCUUUCGGGUCAUCAGUGGUCAUCUGGGCUGGGUGAGGUCAAUUGCCGUAGAACCCGGCAACCAGUGGUUUGUCACCGGCGCUGGAGACAGAACCAUUAAGAUCUGGGACCUGGCCAGUGGUAAGCUAAAGCUCUCUUUAACGGGACACAUCAGCACGGUGCGCGGCGUGGCCGUGAGCACCCGGAGCCCCUACCUGUUCUCCUGCGGUGAAGACAAGCAGGUCAAGUGCUGGGAUCUGGAGUACAACAAGGUGAUUAGGCACUACCACGGCCACCUCAGCGCCGUGUACGACUUGGACCUGCACCCAACCAUCGACGUGCUGGUCACAUGCAGUCGAGAUGCCACAGCCAGGGUGUGGGAUAUCAGGAGCAAAGCCAACGUGCACACCCUGUCCGGACACACCAACACAGUGGCCACAGUCAGAUGCCAGGCCGCCGAACCUCAGAUCAUCACAGGGAGCCACGACUCCACCAUCAGGCUAUGGGAUCUGAUAGCUGGGAAGACCAGAGCCACACUCACCAACCACAAGAAGUCUGUCAGAGCACUGGCCCUACAUCCCAGACAGUAUACCUUAGCCUCUGGCUCUGCCGACAACAUCAAGCAGUGGACGUUCCCCGACGGCAACUUCAUCCAGAACCUCUCUGGACACAACGCCAUCAUCAACGCAAUGGCGGUCAACUCAGACGGCGUGCUGGUAUCAGGAGCUGACAACGGCACCAUUCACCUGUGGGACUGGCGGACAGGCUACAACUUCCAGCGUAUCCACGCUGCCGUGCAGCCCGGCUCGCUGGACAGCGAAUCGGGAAUCUUCGCCUGCAUGUUCGACCACUCAGAGAGCAGGCUGAUCACGGCCGAGGCCGACAAGACCAUCAAGGUGUACAAAGAGGACGACACCGCGACUGAAGAAAGCCACCCAAUCAACUGGAAACCGGAGAUCCUCAAGAGGAAAAGAUUCUAGUAAAAAAUCUAAAAUAAUAAAAUUAAAACUUCCUUCAUUAAUUUCUGUUGUAAAUAUUCCCAUCAAUAGAACUCCCAUAAUUUUUGAAAGAAGAAUAUUCACACAAAAACAUAUUUUGAACAAGUUGGCUUUUAUUUUCACUUGAAUCUUUUUUGCUUUCAAUGUACUCCUUUUUCUAAGUACCAUUUACAGUCUUCAGUGUACAAUGUUAGUCCAACAAAGCAGCCAUUUUGGAUAGCCAAGAACCUCCCAGAAUGUUUGUUCUUGAUGAUGACCGCUCUCUCAUAGCUCUGGUCACUCUCGUCCACCAUGGGAAGCAACUCCUCAGCUCCGUAAGGGCUCGCCUUAGUGUACACAUAGUCCCCACUUGGGUCAAAUCCUGUAAAUGUGUGGCAAAUUUUAGAUUUUCUCAUCAUUAGAAACCGUAGUUUGAAAAGGUCAGGUUUUAAUUUUUUUUAUUGAUCCAACAGAAUCACCAACUGUAUAUAGAAGAGAAACGUAAUUUGUUGUGCAAUCUGGUGUAUGAAAUAAAUCACUGUAUGAUGAACAGAACAACCAUUAAAAAAGAACACGUUGCUUCUCAUUUGAAGUGCCGUGAAGCGUGACUCACCCAUGUAACCAUUGGUGACAACGUUCCGAUAGUGUUUGCUGCCACCCCUUGAUCUUCUCCCGGUAUCCGUUGUCUCCUGUGUGUUCCUGGAGGUCAACCAUAUUCCUGGUUUCACUGAUAACAGGGAUCUUCUGCUCACCUGUUAGACAAAGCAGAGGUACACUGUAAUGGAAAACUAAUUUAUACAGUAAUUUGGGGUAUUAUCAACAGUAAAAUACUCAAACAUUA